CAUGGAAAGUGAUAGUUUUAAAUGCCAGUACUGUAAUGAAUCCCUUUAUGGAAAGAAAUAUACUGUAAAGGAUGACAGUGCCUACUGCGUCAAAUGCUUUGACAGCCUUUUUGCAAAUAUCUGUGAAGGAUGUAAAAAGUCAAUUGCAUGUGAUUCCAAGGACUUUUCAUACAAAGACAGCCACUGGCAUGAGGCUUGUUUCAAGUGUGACAAAUGCGCACAAUCUCUGGUGGAGAAGCCUUUUGCUUCCAAGGAUGACUGCUUACUGUGUACUGAAUGUUAUUCUACGGAGUAUUCAUCAAAGUGCUUCAGCUGCAACUCCACUAUAAUGCCUGGAUCACGCAAAAUGGAGUUUAAAGGCAGUAAUUGGCAUGAAACAUGUUUUGCUUGUCAAAACUGCAGACAGCCAAUAGGAUCCAGGCAUUUUAUUCCUAAACAGUCAAGCGUAUAUUGUGUACCAUGCUAUGAGAAGCAUCAUGCCAGCCAGUGCAAGUCCUGUAAAAAGGCAAUCACCACAGGUGGAAUUACGUUCCAAGACCAGCCUUGGCAUAGUGAAUGUCUGAGAUGCAAUGGCUGCAACAAAAAAUUGGCAGGGGAGAAGUUUACCUCCAGAGAGGAUGCACCAUACUGCAUGGAUUGCUAUGGCAACCUGUAUGCCAAGAAAUGCACAGCUUGUGCUAAGCCCAUUACAGCUCAAGGAGGUGCCAAAUAUGUCUCAUUUGAAGAUAGUCAGUGGCACAGUGAUUGCUUCACUUGUUCAAAAUGCACCAUAUCACUUGUCGGUCAGAGAUUUCUUACGCAGCAUGGAAAAAUAUUUUGUCCUGCAUGUUGUAAUGACAUAUAGAUUUCUUAUUGAAAUAACUACCUGCAUUUCAUCAAGAAGCUAUUUACUGAUCAUUUUAGUAUUCACCUUUGGCACAUCAGCAUACCUGGGAACUGCCAGGUGAAGCACCACUUCUCCGGUUCUCCGGAUGAAGACCCGAAUCCUCCGGGUCGCGGGAGCGGGGUCUUGACACGCCCCACUCCCCGCCCAUUUUCCAUUUAAAUGGGGGUGUUUCCCCUGACAUCAGCGGGGCCACUCACUGACGUCAGGGAACUCCCACCGACGUCACGGGACCGUCCGCUGACGUCAGUGGGCAGUCCUGGCCGCAGGUAG